UCCACAGAGGAUGGCAAGGAUGGCACCCAUGGCCCAGUCCGUCGUCUGGCGUUGAGAUCGAUGCCGGGGCCGACCAUGCUGCCCUCCGGCCAGAGCCUCCAGAUGUUGCCUCCUCCUCUUCCGCCGCCCCCAGCUGCCUUGCCGCCCGAGGCCGGGGGGGCUCUCUCUUGGCUGGAAGCCGGGCUGGGCGCCCUGCUGGCCCUGGGGCUUCUGCUGGCCCUGCUCCGGCAGCUGUGGGCUCUCCGAUGGAGCCUCAGCCGGGAUCCCGGCAGCCCCCUGCCCCUGCCCCAGGGCUCCAUGGGCUGGCCCUUCUUCGGGGAGACCUUCCACUGGCUGAUCCAGGGCUCGGCCUUCCACAGCUCCCGGCGGCAGAGGUACGGCCCUGUGUUCAAGACGCACCUGCUGGGGAAGCCGGUGAUCCGGGUGAGCGGGGCCGAGAACGUGCGCAAGAUCCUCCUCGGGGAGCACAGCCUGGUCAGCGCCCAGUGGCCCACCAGCACCCACAUCCUCCUGGGCACCCACACCCUCCUGGGCGCCAAGGCCCAGGCCCACCGCCACCGCAGGAAGGUGCUGUCGCGGGUCUUCAGCCGGGCGGCGCUGGCCAGCUACCUGCCGGGGCUGCAGACGGAGGUGAGGCGGGCGCUGCGGGGCUGGUGCCGGGGCUCCAAGCGGGGCCCCGUGGAGGUCUACUCGGCGGCCAAGAGCCUGACCUUCCGCCUGGCCGCCCGGGUGCUGCUGGGCCUCCGCCUGGAAGAGCAGCGCUUCCAGGAGCUCUCCGGCGCCUUCCAGCAGCUGGUGGAAAACCUCUUCUGCCUUCCCCUCGACCUGCCCUUCUGCGGACUCCGCAAGGGAAUCAAGGCCCGGGACCUUUUGCACAGCUACAUGGAGAAAGCCAUCCUGGAGAAACUGCAGAGGAAGGACCCUGAGGCCCACAGUGAUGCCCUGGACUUUAUCAUCCACAGCGCCAAGGAGCACGGGAAAGAAUUUACUAUGCAGGAGUUGAAGGAGUCUGCUAUUGAACUGAUAUUUGCAGCGUUCUUCACCACCGCCAGUGCUAGUACUUCCAUGAUCCUCCUGCUACUACAACACCCUCUGGUUGUGAAGAAGAUAGAGCAGGAGUUGACAUCCCAUGACCUUACCAAGGAAUGCCAUUGCUUCAUAGCUGAGGAAUCUCUGGCAAACUCCCAGUCUUGCCAAGAGACCCUGGGUGUCCAUGGAAAAGAAAAUAAAGAUUGGGACUCCAAAAAUCCCCUUCCACUCAGGCUGGAAGGAGAAGAAAGCAAAGAGACAGAAGAGAAAAAUAACUCCUGUUCUGCUGCUAAAGUAGCCCAGGAAACCAUGCAUGGGACUACAAACUGCCUUCGCUCAGUGCCCAGGCAAGAAGAAGCCAGCCAGCUCUAUAGCAAUCUGGAAGGACCUGAAUGCUAUUGCCAACCCUAUUUGACCUUGGAGAAGUUGAGCCGCCUCCACUACUUGGAUUGUGUCAUCAAGGAGGUCUUGCGUUUGCUGCCCCCAGUGUCUGGAGGCUAUAGAACAGCCUUGCAGACCUUUGAGCUGGAUGGCUAUCAGAUUCCCAAGGGUUGGAGCGUGAUGUACAGUAUUCGGGACACUCAUGAGACUGCCAGCAUUUACCAGAGUCCUCCAGACACCUUUGAUCCAGAGAGGUUUUGGAUAUCUCAGGAGGAGCGGGAAGAGCCCAAGGGAGUAGGUGCUCUCCGCUUUCACUACAUUCCCUUUGGUGGUGGAGUCCGGCACUGCAUUGGCAAAGAACUGGCCCAAGUGAUCCUCAAGAUGCUUGCCAUUGAACUGGUCAGCACAGCUCACUGGGAACUGGCUACAGCUGAUUUCCCUAAGAUGCAAACAGUCCCUAUUGUACACCCUGUGGAUGGCCUGCACCUCUAUUUUCUUCCUCUGAAACCUGGAAGAGAAAGCAGCGGGGCAAGCAAGGCAAACACUUGAGAAGCACCAACAGCUCCAUUACCACUUCUAGUUUAGGAUCAGAAUAAAUCUGGGGCAGAAUACCAGUUUCUUUCCAACUGUAGGUUUUCUGCCUGCACAAACCCUUUCUUUGGGGAACAUGCAGGUGGGGAAGAGAAUGAAGUCUCUAUCCUUGAUCCUUAAUGCCCUGUAAGUCUGUUAGCAUCCAUUCUUGUUCAGAGAUAUGCAUCCACACUAAUAACAUCCUCUAUAAUUCCUAGUUGCACUUUCUUUUUCGUGUGUGCAUGUAUGUGGAUGUGUGCAUGAUGUUACAGGUUAGGAGAAGACAUAUUACAAAGGUGAAUGUCUCAGAAGGAACAAUGGCAAGAGAAAGAAACUCAUUAUCUACAGGUCAAGCACAGGUAGAAUGGGAGCCUUGCCAGGAUGCAGUUAUCUGAGAGCAGUCCAUGGACUGUCGACAUAACCAGUGAAGAUCCCUCAAAACUCCUUAUAGUUUAUAGACACAACUGUUCUUGCAUCCCAAGUCAAGAGUGGUUCUAUUUGUGGUUGGGAGAAGUAGUGAACCAGUUCCUACAGAACAGAUAUGCUAAAAGUACAAGGAAGACAUGGGAGCUGUUAGAGAUGAGAUCAUGCCCAUCUUUGGGUGAGGACAACUGAAGAGGAGCAGAACAGAACAGAAAAGGAGAUGAGUUCAAGAAUUUACUUCAACCUGAGCAUACUGAGGCAUUUCAUCCCAGAUAUACUUGUAAACUUUGAACCAAGGAAAACAUGAGGGUCUCUCAUACCCAAGUACUAAUAACCACCUAAUUCUUGUGUGCGUUCUAAGUCACUUUUAAAAAGGUAAUUAGCAGCGAGCAUAUAAUACACUCAGAAUUUUAUGAAGGCAGAAAGUAAGACUCAAGUCUUCUGGAUUGAGUUGGAAUGUAGAAAGCUGCCUUUAAUAAGUUGGAUCAUUGGUUUUCCUCACUCAGUCCUAUCUACCCUAACCUGUAUCAGCUCUCUUGGGUUUCAGACUCAAGACUUUCCCAUUCCUGUCUGGAGAUGCUGAAGAUUCAGCUUGGAAUCUGUACCAUAAAAGCAAGAGCUCUGCAACAUCAGCUGGCUAUCGUUGCAAACCUGAGACCAUUUAAACAAGCAAGCUAGCUAUGGAUUCUGAUGGUCAGGAGAAAGAGGGGAACUUCCCCCAACAGCACUCCCUUGCACAUCAAAAUACCUCACUGUCCAUCUGUUUCACCUCUAAAAUGUUCAAAAGAAGUGACCAUUUCCUGCCAUUCUGGAAGCAAACUGAGUUAAAUGUAUCUAUAGGGAGGCAUAAUUUUGGGUAAAAAUAAUGAAUUUUAAAAAGAUAGGGGGAAACAACCAAAUUUUAAAAUUCUGGGGGCUGGUUCAGGGACUGCAGAACCAGGGCCUGGCAACUGCCCUUUCUCCUCGCCUACUCUAGAAGAUGUGAGGAAGGGCCAUUUUUGGCCAUUUUAAAUGAAUUUUGUGUGUGUGUGUGAUGAGAGGCAUGGAGGAGAUGGAGCAUUCCCAGGUCUAGUGAGUGGGGCAUGUGUAGCCACUGGACCUACACUUGUUGCCCAUCCCUGCUGUACAUCAUCACUGGUCUACUCAAGAUGCUCUUCAAUAGCUCAUACUAAACGACAAACAGCGUAAGACACUUUCCCUAACCUGCUGCCCUGUUUUGAACUACUAUUCCCAGUGCUGGCAAGGGUUGAUGAGACUUGAGUAGAGGGCAUCAGGUUGCUAAAGUUAUGUUAAGGCUACCAUGCUGAUGAGAUCCCCUCUCUAUAACCUCUGAAAGUGCAGUGCUUGAAUUUAAGCUCCUUCCCAUUAAUUAGGACUAAUUGGUUCAUAGAUCAUAAGAUUAGUUCCUGUUGAAUCUUAAUGAAACUUGUUUUCAAUGCUUACAGUCCAUAAAAGUAUCCUAUUUUAAGACUGGGAGAUGAUGUUCUGCAUUUUCCAUGAUUUCCUUACCAUUGGUUGUGCUGGGUGGGGCUGAUGGGACUGGUAAGCCAAAACAUUUAGAGGGCCCAAGGUUCCUGAAAGUUCCUGUAGUAGCAGCUGGGGGAUUGUGGAUGUUGUUGCAGGCUGGUGCUGAGACUUGGGUUUUAAUGAGGAAAGGAUAAAGUUAUUCCAGAAGUGGAGCAAUGUAUGUGGAUAAUCUUUCUCUCUCUCUCUCGUUCAGAUCUCUUAGAAACAUCCAAACAUAUAGGAUGCUGCUUUUGUACCCAGGGCUGAACAGCUUUAGUUCCUGCCAUGAUUUACAACUUUAUAGUAACAAACUGUGACUCAGACAACAAGCUGCUAAUUAAAGCUGCUAGUAGUCUUUGCCUUCUCUGGGUGUCCAAGGAAUGGGGCACACAGGCUUAUCUGAGGGCAAGAAAUCCAGGUUAUGUGUUUAGAAACUCAGGAAGGUAGUGUUUUUGAGAACAGCAAUGUAGAAGGUAAUUUAUACUGUUGCAUGCUCAAUUACUGUGGGCAUCCUAACAUCUCAGAGAUAGUUUUGGCUUUGAUCUAAUUCUUUCUGAGAUGGUAAAACCAUGGCUGGGAUGUACCACUUAGUCUUUUCCAAUUUGGCAUCCUCCAAAUAUACUGGUCAGCUCACAUUUUCCUCAGCUAGGAGAGCCAGUAACCAUGAUGGUUGCACAUAACAGAAUUGUCAGUCAGUGUAUCUAAUUCCAGAGGAAUGAGCUUGAGGAAGACUUCCUUAGAUUGCAGUGUUUCAAAAAUAUCCUUGCAAUUGUUGUCCGUGUUUAGGAUUAUCCAUUUCAUAACCUGUAGCCUAGAUCCAUCAGGUAUUGUAUUGUGGUGUUGUAUGUUUAAAAUGUGCUGUCAUGACCUCCAGGCUGCUAUGGUCAACAAUUUAGUGAAACUCAUUCAAUAAAAUGCUGCUGUAGAGAAUUUAGCUCAGAAUGAAAUUUUGUACAAGAUUUCUGCAAGUAUAAGA